AUGACGUCACUAAAACGACAACGCUGCGAGAUCAUGGAGGAUAGAAAGAAGAAGCGAUUCAGUGAGAAAGAAAUUGAACUGCUUGUUCAGGGUGUUAAGGAAAGAUCGGACAUCAUAAAUUCAAAAUUCAGUGAUGUAAUCAAUAACUCGAAGAAGAAGCAAGCGUGGUUCGAAGUGAUGGAGGCCGUCAACGCGGUAUCUUUCUCGACAAGAACGGUUGACGAAUUAAAAAAGAAAUGGGACGAUGUGAAGAGGGGGACAAAGAAGAGGGCAUCUGCCGUACACAAAGAGCGGUGUAAGACGGGGAGCGGGAAGUUAGAUAUUAUGCCGCUUAGUGCAAUGGUAGAGGACAUUGUGUCAGUAAUGGGAGAGGAGCGAAUCUUCGGAUUCAGCUUCUAUGUCGACACAAUGAUUCCCCUUGUAAGUUAA